AUGGUACCUUGUACCACCACCACAUCGCUGGUUUCGAACUACGCAUUUGAUUCACCCGACGCCGAUGUUGUUAUCAUUCCUUCUGAUGCUUCCAGUACAGCGCCAAGAAAGUUGCGUUUACAUAGCACCAUCUUAUCUCUCGCGUCGCCCUUCUUUCAAGAUAUGUUCUCGUUACCCCAAUCUUUGUUAAGUAAACAGGGUAUCACCGAAAUACCUGUCUCUGAACCUUUCGCCACAUUAGAGACACUGUUUCGUUUCGUGUAUCCAGUCGUUGAUCCUGUGAUCGAGACAUUGGAUGAACUGGGCGAGAUAAUUGAAACAGCCAUCAAGUAUGACUUUCUGGCGACCAUAGAACAUUUACGAAGGAUUCUCGUUGAGCCGCGGUUUCUGCAAGCUUACCCGUUGAGGGUUUUUGCUAUAGCUUGGCGGUAUGAGUUCACCGAGGAAAUCGAGCUGGCCGCACAAAAUACGCUCAACACUGAUAUCGUAAGGGAUUUUCCGGAUCAUUUGGAACUCUCAUCAAGUUUCGCUCUCCAGCUCAGUGUCCCAUUAACAGAUGAUCUUAAGUACAUCACAGCACAUACAUAUCGGCGACUGAUAGAUUUACACCGUCGUCGUGCCCAUGCUGCUCAGGAACUACUGAAGAUACCCUACGAUGUCAAGUGUCCUCACUGCAACGGCUGUGGGCAUGCCAUCUACAGUGCACCGAAAUGGUGGUAUGAGUGGCAGAAGAGAGCAAAAGAAGAGUUGGCUUUAAGGCCAUCCACUCGUGUAAUUUUCCAGCCAGAAUUUAUGUCCCAAGCCGCGGCCGCAGUUGGAUGCCCUCAAUGUAUAACCAGUAUGUUGGGAUCCUUUACUCAUUUGGAGAAGAUCAAACGUUGCAUCGAUGACCUUCCGUGUUCACUUUAA